GGCCGCAGAGGACGUGCCACUGCUCCGGGCCGGCGUGCAUGUGCUGCCUGGACUUCAACAUGACGUACAUCGACUUGGGCGGACCAGGAUGCGUGCGACUGCGCUACCUGGGCCAGGACGCCGGCGUGGCCAUGAACGUGUCCUACGGCGACUCUCUGCUGCACAGCGAGGUGGUCAAGGACUCCAGCCCGUCGGGGACGUGCAUGGACAUCCUGUCGUCGCUGGCGCAAGUGUGCGCGCGCUUCACCUCGCUGGCCGCCAUGGCCCCCGCGGCCCCCUCGGCCGCCACGCCGCAGGCCGAGUCCGCCGCGGAGGGCAGCGGCGACGGCAUGAAGCGAGGCUGCCUGCAGCUGGAGCCGACGCUGCUGGGCGAGGUGCAGGCCGCGUACCCCGUGGGCUGCUUCAGGAUGACGCCGCAGGCAAUGACGAUGGAGCCCCAGGCCGCCCCCAGCCAGCCCGAGGAAGGCCAAGCAGGGCAAGCGGAAGGCCAAGGGGCUGCCGCGGGUGCCGCGGGCACGACGGAGGCGCCCACCACGCCGACGGACAUCAGCGCCGAGUCACUGAUGGCCGCGGUCAGCGAGACGGCCGAGCAGGGCAUCGACCUGCUCACCAACUGGCUCGGCCUGGCCCUGGAGGAGGACAACAACUCCACGACGACGGAGGGGCAGGACGGUCAGGACGCCAGCACCACGACGGCGGCGCCCGAGGAGAGCGCGAGCGCCAGGGCCUACCGGCGAAACCGGGUGUCGCUGUCGCUAUAGUCUGGGCCGAGUCCAACACAACACUGCGAUAUGUGACGUGUCGCAUUCUCACUAUCAGUAUUCCGGAGUGUAUUGUGCCACUCCCUGGGGCAAGCCCUGGGGCCGGGGCCUGCGGGCCGGAGGCUCAAUUCGUGCUUGAAAUAAUGCCAAAUAUUGAGGACAAGGAUCGAGAGCGUCGCCGUGCGUUUGCUUUCAGACUCAAAAUUAGGCUCUACCAUGGCAGUAGUGAUGGAGUUGAAACAAUAUUACCAUUAAAACACACCAACAGCAGGCGGCGUUCUUCCUUAUUAUCUUAUUUAUUUUAUUA